CCGCAGGCGGAGAUGGCGGCCGUGCUGAGGGCCGAGCGGCUCGAGGUGUCCAUCGACGGCCUCACGCUGAGCCCCGACUCGGAGGAGCGGGCCGGGGCCGGGGCCGGGGCCGGGGCCGGGGACCGACCCGAACCCCAGCGGCAGCCGUCCCCGUCGCCGCCCCCGCCGCCCCCGCGGGAGGAGGAGGCUGAGGAGACGGCUGAGGAGACUGAGGCGGCUGAGGCGCAGCGGCUGGAGCGGCGCUUCGGCUUCGGGCUGGAGGAGCUGUACGGGCUGGCGCUACGCUUCUUUAAGGAAAAAGAUGGCAAGGCAUUCCAUCCAACCUAUGAGGAAAAACUCAAACUCGUGGCACUGCACAAGCAAGUUCUUUUGGGCCCCUAUAAUCCAGACACAUGUCCUGAAGUUGGAUUCUUUGAUGUCCUGGGGAAUGACAGGAGGAAAGAAUGGGCAGCACUUGGAAACCUGGCUAAAGAGGAUGCCAUGACCGAGUUUGUCAAGCUGCUGAACAGAUGCUGCCAUCUCUUCUCCACUUAUGUUACAUCUCAUAAAAUAGAGAAGGAAGAGCAAGAAAAAAAGAGGAAGGAGGAGGAGGAACGAAGGCGUCAGGAAGAGGAAGAGCGAGAACGUCUGCAAAAGGAAGAAGAGAAACGGAGGCGGGAGGAGGAGGAGAGGCAGCGGCGGGAAGAGGAGGAGAGGCGGCGGAUAGAAGAGGAAAGGUUCCGGUUAGAGCAGCAGAAGCAACAGAUCAUGGCAGCCCUAAACUCCCAGACUGCAGUGCAGUUCCAGCAGUAUGCAGCCCAGCAGUAUCCAGGGAAUUAUGAGCAGCAGCAGAUUCUCAUCCGUCAGCUGCAGGAGCAGCACUAUCAGCAGUACAUGCAGCAGCUCUACCAAGUCCAGCUUGCCCAGCAGCAGGCGGCACUCCAGAAGCAGCAGCAGGAGGUAGCAGCAGCCUCUGGAGCCACCCUGGCUCCUGUCCCAAAGGGGGCUGCCCCUGGGCCAGGUGAUCUGCCCUCCAUCAACGGACAGGCCACCGCACACAAUGACAGCUUGGAAAAGGAACCGGAACCAGAAGUUGCCGAAGAAGUGCUCGAGAAUGGACCGAAAGAGCCCGUGCCGGUAAUCGCUGCUCCGUCCAUGUGGACGCGACCCCAGAUCAAAGACUUUAAAGAGAAGAUCCGGCAGGACGCAGACUCGGUGAUAACGGUGGGUCGAGGAGAAGUGGUCACCGUCCGCGUGCCGACGCACGAAGAGGGAUCUUACCUCUUCUGGGAGUUUGCUACAGACAAUUAUGACAUUGGUUUUGGGGUAUAUUUUGAAUGGACAGACUCCCCCAACACUGCAGUCAGUGUGCACGUCAGCGAAUCCAGCGACGACGAGGACGAAGAGGAAGAAAAUACCAGCAGCGAAGAAAAAGCCAAAAAGAACGCCAACAAGCCUCAGCUAGACGAAAUUGUGCCUGUGUACCGACGAGACUGUCACGAAGAGGUGUAUGCGGGCAGCCACCAAUACCCAGGGAGAGGAGUCUAUCUCCUUAAAUUUGACAACUCGUACUCUUUGUGGAGGUCAAAAACAGUGUACUACAGAGUCUAUUACACUAGAUAAAGGUGUGUAGUUACAGAGGCGGUGGGGGCUGGGGCUGUGCAGGAGCCAUCGCUAGUUUGGGAAAUCCCUACUACCCUUACAGAGCAUUGGAGUCCGUUUUUUCCCUUAUUCUGUGUUUGGUGCAUCAGGCUCUCCCCAGGGCCCCGGGGGGUCACCCAGCCUCACCUGGCACUUAGAGAGUUAACAGUCAUUGGUGUCCAGGCUUAAGUGGCCUGAGCGCUGAGUAAAGCCCUCCCUCCAAGCCCCCCCUUCCUCCCCCGCCUUCCACGGUGCUCUGAGAGGGUCAGCAGUGAAAUUGUCUUUGAAAAUCUGCGGAUGGGUGGAAGGUCAAAUUUUCUCACAAUUAAAAAUAGCCCCUCACAAUGCAGUUUAAGUAGCAAAUUGUCUCUGUGCUGUCUUGUAAGAGAGCCGGAAUCAGGAAGACAGCUGGUUUUUGCUUGUCUUGGAUCGAGGCAGGCAUCUAGGGUAGGGGCCAGAGGGUCUUGCUGCCUUUAAGUUUGUGUGUAAGCUGGCUGCAAAGCAGAGGCACCAAGCACUCUGGUUCUGUAUGUUACACGGUCCCCUUCUUCUCCCCCCUCCACCCCUUCAAGCAGCUGUUAAUUCUGCCCCUCUGUUGUCGGGAUCCAGACUGACCAUAGGAAAGUGGGGGUGGGAGUAGGGGCUACUGCUCACAACUGAGUUUUCUGCACAACUUUUCAGUCUUGCUCUCUAUUUUGUGGACUCCAGUGGGCACCUAGGGCAUCGAAAUAGCUAAAACAGUUUUGGUAUCGUUACAACUCGUAGAGUCUAGUGUUGCACUAAUAUUAAGGAAAUGACGGCUCUUUCCUCGGGUCAAACUUUGGAAUUCUGUAUAUAUGGCCGGAGAGGGGUCAGGUAGAGGGAGGAUUCCUGCCCGGCUCCCUGUGGGGACCUGUCUCAGCUGAGGGUGGAGCAGGAUGGGGUUCAGGAAUCACAGCUGCCAACCUGAGAUCCUGGUGGGGGUCCCAGGGUGGGGUGAGGCAGGCGGGGGCAACCCUAGCCAUAAUCCAUCUACUGAGCCGUGCCCUGCUUCUCUCCGCCUGGGACCUCUUCCGUUAGCCAGCGCCCACCGUUUGGUUUUCCGUGCCUGCUGGUUUUUCUCCCUUUCUUCUCACUGAUCAGCUUCAGGUCUGUGCUAAGCAGACCUUCCGCGGGGGGUCUUGAAUCGGCAUCAGAAACCCAGCCCCGACUCGCCUCAGUGCUGUUACACUUGAAAGGCCCUCUGCUCUCGUGUAUAUAGCAUAUAGAAAGAUAACCACGGAGUUGGGCAGUACCUUGCUUUUUUUAAACGAGAGAGACUAUUUAAACUGUAAAAUAAAACUAAAAAAGCAGGCACUAAUAUAUAUUUCUCCCAGGCCUCGGUUACUGAUUUUUGUCAUUACACGUGUUCAGCUGACUUCUUUCUCUCCAAGUAGCAUUGUUCUCGGGAGCGGUGUGUGACGCUUAGAAUGGCAGCAAUUCCUGGCAAGGGUUCACGUCAGCCUUCUUGGUUUCCAACUUUUUCUAUUGCCUUCGGCUGUGGAUUAAUUAGUACAGUACAAGUGCGAUUUCAAAAGUAUCUUGGAAUAAUAUAUUUAAUCAAUUAAAAUACAUUUACCUGUAUCUUGUUGACUGCUCAUUAAUGUGGUUGUUUUCCAAGACCCAAUCCUGUGUGUCGCUGUUCAGAUAGGGAAAGAAGACAUGUACUCCGUGACCUUUUCUGUUUUUAAAGAGGUCUAGUGUAGAAACUCUGUUUUUGGGUUUGAUUCUUCUGUUUCUGCUGUGAAUAUCUUGGUGCGGUCGAUUAGAUUUUUACAUUUCCAAACUUCCCAAUUAAAAGCGUUGACUUUA